UGGCAGUGCAUUUUGGAACGCAACCCUAUAGAUAGAAAACAUGGCUGUUCUUAACGAAUUUGUCAUCGUAUGUUUUUAGAUACGUGUAGAAGUAAAAGUCUUGUAAAAGUUUUCUGUUUGAGAAACAAAAACGGAUAAUUGAAAAUAGUUAUUUAAAUUUUGUUGAAAAUUGACCGUCAAAAAAUGUAUAAAUCGAAUCAAGAACCGGAUAUACCAGCGGCAUUGGGUUUGCUGUCGCACUUAAAUAAUGACGAGCUAAAAGAACUGUUGAAUAAUGAUGGAAAAUUCGAAGACAUUGUAAAAGAUAUAAAACAGUUUAAAGAUCUUGAGACUGAGAAGGAAAUGUUAAUGGCGAGCAACAGAUCUUUGGCAGAAUUUAAUUUAUCAAAGCAACCUGAAUUAGAAGAGGGUAAACAGAUUCUUAAGGAAUUAAGUGAACAAGCUAAUCAGUUGUGUAUUAAUGUUAAGGAGAAAUUAAAUGAAAUACUUAUAUUUGUAGGUGAUAAGUCAGAUUCAAUGACUAUCGAUACUGCAUUGGACCUGUUGCAAGCUGCUGCUGCAGAAAUUGAAGAAGAAUCAGAAACUGUAGCAGAAAAGUUUAUGGCAGGUGAUAUCGAGGUUGACGAAUUCCUGGACCACUUCUUAACUAGAAGAAAAUUAAUGCACUUACGCAAAGUCAAAGUAGAUAAAUUGAAAGAACUAGUAAGGAAAGGGUAUUCUGCGAACAAUACACCUGGUUAUCCAACCAUUUCAAAUUUUCCCGGAAUGACACCUUCCAUACCUUACCCGACUGGACCUGUAGCUAUGCCGAUGCCACUGCCAUCAGGAUUACCAGUUUAUAGACCAUAUUAAAUAAUGUACAGUUGCUAUAUAUAUAUAUAUAUAUAUAUAUAUAUAUAUAUAUAUAUAUAUAUUUAUUUAUUUAUUUGUUUUUAAAAUAAUCUGUAGUUAUAUCAUAACAUAUUUAAGGCUUUUUGUAUCUUGCCGGUGAUCUCGGAUUGUAACAUCAAAAGCGAAAAAUGAGACACGCUGACGAAAGUUGCGUGCCGUUUCUGAAUAAAGAUAAAUAUGGACGAAA